UGCCAUCACACACCAAAGCGCUCUAAACAAGCGCGAACUCAAAGAAAAGGUAUCUAACCACUCGAUUGGAGUAUCACUAUUGAAUUAUAUACUGUUUUCUGUUGCGUAGCAUGUCAGAAACCACCACGUGGUGAAAUUAUACAUUUAUACUUGUAACGAUUCCCCUGUUUUAGAAAUUUAAAAACAAAAUGCCAGGUCCCACAACCCAAGUACAUUCAAGUGCACCACUGAGAUUGGUGAAAAAAGUUCAAUUCGGUGUACUCAGUCCUGACGAAAUAAGGCGUAUGUCUGUUACUGAUGGAGGAAUUUGUUAUGCUGAAACUAUGGAAGCAGGCAAACCAAAACUAUGUGGUCUAAUGGAUCCUCGUCAAGGUACUAUUGAUAGAAUGACUCGAUGUCAAACAUGUGCUGGUAACAUGACUGAAUGUCCAGGUCAUUUUGGUCAUAUUGAGCUUUCAAAACCUGUCUUCCAUAUUGGGUUCUUAACAAUGACCAUAAAGAUUAUGAGAUGCUUUUGCUUCUACUGCUCAAAAUUAUUAGUUGACAAAAAUCACCCCAAACUGUUAGAAAUCCUAUCAAAAACUAAGUCACAGCCAAAAAAAAGAUUUCAACAUGUCUAUGAUUUAUGUAAAGGUAAAAGUAUUUGCGAAGGGGGAGAUAUAAUGGAUCAACAGUUUGAUGCAAAUCUGGCAAACAAUGAAGAGCAAGCAGAGAAAAAAGGUCAUGGUGGAUGCGGUCGUUAUCAACCGCAAAUUAGAAGACAAGCUCUGGAUUUAACAGCAGAAUGGAAGAAUGUAAAUGAAGAUUCUCAAGAGAAAAAAAUAUCACUGACUGCCGAGCGUGUCCAUGAAAUUUUUAAACGUAUUACAGAUGAAGAGUGUGAUAUAUUAGGAAUGGAUGCAAAGUUUUGUAGACCUGAUUGGCUUAUAGUUACUGUUCUUCCAGUUCCUCCAUUGUCAGUUAGACCAGCUGUUGUUAUGAAUGGUAGUGCCAGAAACCAGGAUGACCUUACUCAUAAACUUGCAGAUAUUAUCAAGGCAAACAAUCAGUUAAAACGCAAUGAAAUGAAUGGUGCAGCUGCUCAUGUUAUUGCACAAGACUUGAUGAUGCUGCAAUUCCAUGUUGCAACACUAACUGAUAAUGAGCUCCCCGGCCUUCCAAGGGCGCAACAAAAGUCUGGGAGACCUUUAAAAUCAAUCAAGCAGCGAUUAAAGAGUAAAGAAGGUCGACUUAGAGGAAAUUUAAUGGGGAAACGAGUUGAUUUUUCAGCACGUGCUGUCAUUACUCCUGAUCCUAAUUUAGACAUUGACCAAGUUGGAACACCUAAAACAAUUGCAAUGAAUCUAACAUAUCCUGAAAUUGUGACACCUUUUAAUAUAGACAGAUUACAAGAACUUGUACGUCGUGGACCUACUCAUUAUCCUGGGGCUAAAUAUAUUAUUCGUGAUAACGGUGAAAGAAUAGAUUUACGUUUUCAUCCAAAAACAAGCGAUCUUCAUUUACAGUUUGGAUAUAAGGUUGAAAGACAUAUUAUUGAUAAUGACGUUGUUGUUUUUAAUCGGCAACCUACCCUUCACAAGAUGAGUAUGAUGGGUCAUAGAGUAAAAGUUCUUCCAUGGUCUACUUUUCGGUUAAAUUUAAGUGUAACCACUCCUUAUAAUGCUGAUUUUGAUGGAGAUGAAAUGAACAUGCAUGUUCCACAAUCAAUGGAAACACGUGCGGAAAUUACUGAAAUUUUAAUGGUGCCACGACAAAUUAUAACACCACAGUCAAAUAAACCUUGUAUGGGUAUAGUGCAAGAUUCAUUAUGCGCUGUUUAUAAGUUUACUAAAAGAGAUGUUUUCUUGGAAAAAGAUGUGGUUAUGAAUCUUUUAUUGUGGAUUAGAAAAUGGGAUGGAAAGUUUCCAAUACCUGCUAUACUCAAACCUAAGCCAUUGUGGACUGGAAAACAGAUUUUUUCUUUAUUAAUUCCACCAGGAAUUAAUCAUUCUGGUGAGCAUUCUGCACAUCCUGAUGAUGAGUCAAAUGGACCUUAUUGUCACAUAUCUCCUGGAGACACAAAGGUAUUAAUUGAAGAUGGUACUUUAAUAUCAGGAAUUAUUUGUAAAAAGACUGUUGGACCAUCAGGAAACUCUUUAGUACAUAUCAUUAUGGCUGAAGAAGGACCUGAGAUUGCAAAGGAGUUCUAUGGUGAUUUACAAAAAGUGACCAAUAAUUGGUUUCUAGUUGAAGGACACAGUAUUGGUAUCGGAGAUUGCAUUGCUGACCAAGACACGUAUGCAGAUAUUCAAAAUACCAUUAAAAAAUCAAAACAAGAAGUAAAUGAAGUUAUUGAGCAGGCACAUACUAAUCAAUUAGAACCUACUCCUGGUAACUCUCUUCGUCAAACUUUUGAAAAUAAAGUAAACAGAAUUUUGAAUGAAUGUCGUGAUAAAACAGGUGCAAGUGCUCAAAAAAGUUUAUCUGUAUUUAACAGCUUCAAAUCUAUGGUUGUUGCUGGCUCUAAAGGUUCAAAUAUUAAUAUUUCACAGAUUAUUGCAGUUGUAGGUCAGCAGAAUGUUGAAGGUAAACGUAUACCAUUUGGAUUUCGUCAUAGAACACUUCCUCACUUUAACAAGGAUGAUUAUGGUCCUGAAUCCCGUGGUUUUGUUGAAAAUUCCUAUCUUGCUGGCCUUACUCCUACAGAAUUCUUUUUUCAUGCAAUGGGAGGUCGAGAAGGGUUAAUUGAUACAGCUGUAAAAACCUCUGAAACAGGAUAUAUUCAGAGAAGAUUGAUAAAAGCUAUGGAGAGUGUUAUGGUAGCUUACGAUGGAACUAUUCGAAAUUCAAAUCGAUAUAUUAUCCAGCUCUGUUAUGGUGAAGAUGGAAUGGCAGGUGAGCGCAUUGAAGGACAAGAAUUAUCAUCAAUCAAGCCAUCAAAUGCAAUGUUUAAUCGAAUGUUUUAUUUUGAUAUCAGCAAUGAACGGCGACUAAAGAAUGUUUUAAAUGAAGAUGUUUUAAGAAAUAUUUACUCAGAUUCUACAACGACUAAUGCAAUUGAGGAAGAGUUUCGUCAAUUGAAAGAUGAUCGUGAAAUGCUGAGAAACAUUUUCCCUAACGGAAAUAAAAAGGUUAACUUACCUGUCAAACUAUCUAGACUGAUAUGGAAUUCACAAAAAAUGUUUAAAGUUAAUCUUAGAGCUCAAACUGAUCUUUCUCCAUUAAAAGUGAUCAAUGAUAUUAAAGAUUUGACCAAGAGGUUGCUGGUUGUAAAAGGUGAGGACAAAUUAAGCAAAGAAGCACAGCUAAAUGCUACUAUGUUGUUUCAAAUUCAUCUGCGUUCAACUUUAUGUUCAAAGCGGGUUAUUGAAGAAUUUAGAUUAACAUCAGAGGCUUUUGAUUGGUUGUUAGGUGAAGUAGAAUCGCGUUUUAAUCUUGCACAGGCACAACCAGGUGAAAUGGUUGGUGCUUUAGCAGCUCAAUCUCUUGGUGAACCUGCAACUCAGAUGACCUUAAAUACUUUUCAUUAUGCUGGUGUUUCUGCAAAAAAUGUAACAUUAGGUGUCCCACGGUUAAAAGAAAUCAUAAAUGUUUCUAAGAAACCCAAAACUCCUUCCCUUACAGUUUUCCUACUUGGUCAAGCUGCAAGAGAUGCUGAACAUGCUAAGGAUGUCCUUUGUCGCUUGGAACAUACAACUCUACGAAAGGUUACAGCUAACACAGCUAUAUUUUAUGAUCCAGAUCCACAAAAUACAGUUAUUGCAGAAGAUCAAGAUUUUGUUAAUGUUUAUUAUGAAAUGCCUGAUUUUGAUCCUGCGCGUAUGUCUCCAUGGUUAUUGCGUAUAGAGCUAGAUCGUAAGAGAAUGACAGACAGCAAGUUAAGUAUGGAACAAAUUGCUGAAAAGAUUAACCAGGGUUUUGGAGAUGAUUUAAACUGCAUAUAUAAUGACGAUAAUGCUGAGAAAUUAGUCCUUCGAAUAAGAAUUAUGGGCAGUGGUGAUGAUAGUAAGAAUAUGGAAGAUGAAGAGCAGUUAGACAAAAUGGAAGAUGAUGUGUUUUUAAGAUGCAUUGAAGCUAAUAUGUUGACAGAUAUGACUUUACAAGGAAUAGAAUCUAUUGCUAAAGUUUACAUGCAUUUGCCAAGUGAAGAAUCUAAAAAGCGUGUAAUCUUUAAUGCUGAAGGAGAAUUUAAGCAUUUACAAGAAUGGAUUUUAGAAACAGAUGGUAAUGGGUUAAUGAAAGUUCUAAGUCAAAAAGACAUUGAUCCAGUGAGAACUACUUCCAAUGAUAUAUGUGAAAUCUUCUCUAUUUUGGGUAUUGAAGCUGUAAGGAAAUCAAUUGAAAAGGAAAUGGAUCACGUUAUUUCAUUUGAUGGUUCUUAUGUUAACUACAGACACUUGUCAUUGUUGUGUGAUAUAAUGACAUCCAAAGGUCAUUUGAUGGCUAUUACUCGUCAUGGUAUUAAUAGGCAAGAAGUUGGUUGUCUAAUGAGAUGUUCAUUUGAAGAAACUGUUGAUGUUUUGGUUGAGGCUGCAUUUCAUGCAGAAGCAGAUAAUUUGCGUGGGGUAAGUGAGAAUAUUAUUCUUGGUCAAUUACCGCCAAUUGGUACUGGCUGCUUCAACUUGAUGCUAGACGCUGAAAAAUGUAAAGAAGGCAUGGAAAUCCCAUUAAAUAUUGGAGAAGGCCAUGGAAUGAUGCCAGGUGGUGGUGUUUUUUUUGGCUCUGCAGCUUCUCCAUCAAAUGCUAUGUCACCCCAGAUGACUCCAUGGAAUCAGGGACACACACCUGGUUAUGGAGAUGGUUGGUCACCAGCUUUAGGAUCUGGAAUGACACCUGGAGCAGCAUCUUUUUCACCAUCGGCUCAUUCAGAUGCAAGUGGAUUCAGUCCUGCUGGUGGUUUUAGUCCUGCUUGGAGUCCACAAGAUUCUAUGUCUUUAGGAUCACCUGAUUCCUCACCAUACAUACCGAGCCCUUCAAGAAAUGUUAUGAGUCCAAGUUACUCUCCAAAUUCUCCUGCUUUCAAUCCACAAUCACCAGCAAUGUCUCCUUCAUCUCCUGGGUAUUCGCCAACAUCUCCUUUAUACAGUCCAACUUCUCCAGGUUAUAGUCCUACAAGUCCAAGCUACAGUCCAACAUCACCUGGUUAUAGUCCAACUUCUCCGAGCUAUUCCCCCACUUCUCCAAGCUAUUCGCCUACAUCACCAAGCUAUAGUCCGACUAGUCCAAGUUACUCUCCUACGUCUCCGAGUUAUAGUCCAACAUCGCCAAGCUAUUCUCCUACUUCUCCAUCAUAUUCACCUACGUCACCAAGUUACAGUCCAACUAGCCCAAGUUAUUCUCCUACAUCACCGAGCUACAGUCCAACGAGUCCAAGUUACAGCCCAACUUCACCUAUUUAUAGCCCUACGUCUCCAAGUUAUUCUCCGACAAGUCCAUCUUAUUCUCCGACAAGUCCAUCUUAUUCUCCCACCAGUCCAAAAUAUUCUCCUACAUCACCUAGUUAUAGUCCAACAUCUCCUUCAUAUAGUCCUUCUUCUCCUCAAUAUUCUCCUACGAGUCCAGCAUAUUCUCCUCAGUCACCUUCUUAUUCUCCUUCAUCGCCAAGCUACUCGCCUACUUCACCUAAGUAUAGUCCUACAUCUCCUAAGUAUUCUCCUACUUCACCUAAAUAUAGCCCAACAUCUCCAUCCUACAGUCCUUCGUCACCAUCAUACUCUCCGUCAUCUCCUAAUUAUUCACCAACAAGCCCUACAUACUCACCGACAAGUCCAACAUACUCUCCAACAAGCCCUGCAUACUCGCCGACAAGUCCAGCAUAUUCACCUACAAGUCCUGCAUACUCACCAACCAGCCCAGUAUACUCGCCGACAAGUCCAGCUUACAGCCCAACUUCUCCUAAAUAUAGCCCAACAUCACCUAAAUAUAGUCCAACAUCACCAAUUUACUCUCCUACAAGUCCAGCAUAUUCUCCAACAUCAACAGGAUAUAGUCCAACGUCUCCUGAGUAUUCUCCUUCAAGUCCAAAAUAUAGUCCAACAACUCCCCAAUAUUCUCCAACAAGUCCAAAGUAUAGUCCUGCAUCGCCGACCUACUCUCCUAGUACCCCUACAGAUAAGUCGGUUGGUUCUAUUAAUUACAGCCCAUUGGAACCCGAUUAUAGUCCUGGUACACCUACAUAUUCACCUGACGGAACUCCAACCUAUUCUCCUGACGGUCGAGGGUUUUCAGGUACUGCUGCUAAAAAUAUAUCGCCAAUGGAUUAUUCACCAAGUUCUCCAUCGGGUCCCGGUACCCCUGAGGAAACUUUAAAGUUUAAAAAACGAUAAGUUAAACAUUUUAAUCUAAUAAAAAGAAGAAAAACAUUUGAUUUUAUUUUUUCGCAUUAUUUUUUAAAUCUCAUUAUAACAGUUAUAAAACAAAAUAUUUUCUUAAGUAAUAUUAUGGUAGCUGUGUAAUGAUUAUUUUUUUAAUUUAUGUAAUAUUGCGAUUUAUUAAGACCUUAUAAAAGCAUUAAUUAUAUAUCCGUUGAAUUGA